UGACAAUAUGGCGCUGUAGAUAACGAGUUUUAAAUUAUAGCACCAGUUUUAAAGGUUGAAACCACCAGUUAACAGAAGUCAUUGAAUAUGGAACAACAUUCAUUAUGGUUAAUUACAUUGUUGAUGUUGCUAUAUGUACAUGAAAUCCUGUCAGCAAAUCAGCCAAACAUUAUUUUUGUUAUUGCUGAUGAUAUGGGAUGGCACGAUGUAGGGUUCCAUGGAUCCGAUAUGUUAACACCAAACAUAGAUAAACUAGCUUAUGAAGGAGUUAUAUUAAAUAACUAUUAUGUUUCACCGAUAUGUUCACCAACUAGAAGUGCUAUAAUGACUGGCCGACAUCCUAUACAUACAGGAAUGCAACAUGAAGUUAUUGGAAAUGACACACCUUAUGGGUUGCCAUUAAAUUUUACCAUAAUGCCACAAUAUUUAAAAGCUUUAGGCUAUGAUACUCAUGCCGUUGGAAAGUGGCAUUUGGGACAUUUCAAGAAAGAAUAUUUGCCUACAUUACGUGGUUUUGAUUCUUUUUUUGGAUAUUUAACUGGUCAUGAAGAUUAUUUUGAUCAUGUAGCAGAGGGUAGUCCGUACUGGGGUAAAGAUUUCCGUAAUAAUACAGAUCCGGUUGCUACUAUGGAUGGGGAUUAUUCUACGGAACUAUAUACUUCACUAGCUGAAAAUAUCAUUUCAACUCAUAAUCAGAGCAAGCCAUUGUUUCUAUAUUUAGCAUAUCAAGCUGUGCAUGCAGGCAAUUCUCAGGCUGAUCCACUACAAGCACCACAGAAAUAUAUUGAUAGAUUUCCUAAUAUUACAAAUAUACCACGGAAAAUAUUUGGUGGUAUGGUAUCAGCAUUGGAUGAUGGUAUUGGUAAUCUACGAUCUGUAUUAGAGAAGACUGGUAUGAUGAAUAAUACUGUUCUAGUAUUUACCACAGACAAUGGAGGACCUACCAAUGGAUAUGAUAGAAAUGCAGCUUGUAAUUGGCCAUUAAGAGGCUGUAAGAAUACCAUGUGGGAAGGUGGUGUACGUGGUAACGGCUUUGUUCACAGUCCUUUACUAAGAAAAACUGGUUACAUCAUGGAUAACUUAAUGCAUAUAACUGAUUGGUUACCAACCAUUUACAGCCUAGCAGGGGGUAACGCCAGCGAUUUACCCAAUCAAGAUGGCUACAAUGUCUGGAAUAUGUUAUCAGAUGAUGGUCAACCAAUCAGAACCUCUGUCUUACACAAUAUAGAUCCUAUUCAAAACUUUGCCGCUAUUCGAGUUGGAGAGUAUAAAUUAGUAAUGGGGGAUAUUUCAAAUGGCAGGGACGACAGUUGGUAUCCGCCACCAGAUUUGAAGAAAAAUCAUCACAAACUAAGAUUUAAUGAUAAGCAACUAAAUAAUUUCAAGGGUGAUAAGUUUACAUAUAGAAUGAGUUCAGAGAAAAUGUCGAAACCAAUAACGGUGAAUUGUGGUAAACGACCAGUUGAUGCUGAUACCAAUUGUUUACCAAAAUCCAAACCAUGUUUAUUUCACAUCCCAACCGAUCCAUGCGAAUUUACAAACAUCGCAUACCAGCAUCCUGAAAUAGUUGCCGAGUUAUAUCAGAAGAUUGAAGAAUACAAAAAGACAAUGGUUCCUCCAGGAAACAAGCCUGCUGAUCCAAAGGGAGCAAAUCCUUAUAACCACGGUGGAUUCUGGGGUCCAUGGAUGUAAAUGGUAAUGGUGCUGUUAUUGUAUUAAAUUGAGCUUUAAUUUAUUUGCAGGACAGACGUAUACAUCAGGUCUUGUACCUAAAUAAUUGACCAGGCUAACAUUUUUAAAUGUUAAUGUUAUAUUCAAAUCUCAAUCUGAUUAAAACACAGAUCCUAUUUCGUUUCAUUUUUUAUAGUUGAAAAUUAUAGGAAGAGCUGUUAUCAUUGACGUGUUCUGAAUGAUGUGAGGGAUUAGCCAAUGUUACAGCGAGCUUUUAGCAUGAGGUGCAUGGAACUGUGGGUAAUGCACUAGAAACAUCAAUGCUGAUUGGUUGAUCAAAUGUUUGACGUCAUAGAGUCAAAAGCCACUCAGCGCGACCUCCCAAAACAACUGGUCACAUCUUCAUGUAGUGUAGGCCAUCGAAAGUAUAAAAAAACGAAAUGAAAUAUAGAUCUGUAUUUUAAUCAGAUUGAUUCAAAUCUAAGGGGAACUCUAGACUUUGAAGACUUUUUAUAUAUUAAAAUCAUUCAACCUUUAAUUAACCAUAACAUGUUGGAUUUAACAUUACAAGGGUAACUGUCAGUCACUGAAAAUAAACAAAUAAAUACACAUGCCAUAAUAAUAGCUACUAUUCAUACUUUGACUUUAAGUGAAGCCAGUACAGUGUAAGAAAGUUCAUGGAUCAAAGACUAUUUAAUAGCUGCUUGUGCGAUAGUUUGUUUAUUUACAGUGACUAGCAGUUACCGUUAUAUCAUCAGUAUGAUUAUUUUUUUACGGUAAUCAAAGGAAUUCUUUUUGAGCAUACUUGGAAAUAUUUUUAUAUUAUAAUACAAUACAGUGUCAACAAAAUUAUCCAUAGAACUGUGUUGUGUUAUAUUAUGUUUAAUCGCUAAAUGCCAUUAUACUAAAAAUAUAUGCUACACUUGUAACAAAAUUAUCAACUUUAGCAGAUCGAUAUAAGGGGCGGAUCCACGAUUUUCAGAAAGGGGGGGGGGCGUGCUGCCCCACUUGGGAGUGCGAAGCCUGACCCUCGGUGGGCGGACUGACGGGCAAUCAACCAAGUCACCAACUGACUCCUUCCGGAGUAAAUUACGAUUUCCAACCUGAACUAACUGUUAAUUCCUUUCCCGUGAGAAUAUAUGGGGUAAAAAACUCGCUGUAACAGACUGUUUCAUUGGCUAAUCCCUGACAUGAUCCAGAAUGCGAGUUAUGUAACAACUCUUCCAGGUUCUAGUGUAGUAAAGACCAGUAAAAUGAAAUUUUGAACUAUAAAAAAUGAAACAAAAUAAAAUCUGUGUUUUAAACAGAUUAAAUUGUUACAACUACAUGAAUUCUACUUCCAUUUUCAUUACCAAAACUAUGCAAACGGGCAAUAUUUUCGAGAUUUUAUGUAUAUUUUAUGUACAUGUAUUUUUAAAUUGUAUUUAAAUACAACAGGUCAUUUAUUGUUGGAUUUAAAUAUUUUUUUUUGUACCGGGUACAUGACUUGUAUUUUAGAAUAUUUAAACAUAUAUUUACAUUUGUUGAUUCUGAUUAUUUCUGUUAUUAAAUUAUAUGAAGA